UGUAAAUAUUUAAGAAAUAUCAGAAAAUAUUAUUAUAUUAUAUUUAUUUAAUGCUGUAAUAAUACAAGAAGCAAAAUGCUUCAAUUACAAACAUAUGCUAGUAGCAGUGACGACGAAAAGGCUUCAGACGCAGAAGAAUCUAAAACUAACCUAGAAGAUUACACACAACAUUUAAAACCAAUUUCGAAACAAAUUUCUAGUUCUAUACAGAUAUGUGCAGCUCCGAAUGUGGUUCCUACUGGAGCCGUGGAGUGUGUUCGACACAUAGAUCCAACAGCCAAAGAAGUUACUUACAAUCCCAAAUUUGAUGAAAUGUUUUCUCCUGUCGUCGGACCAGAAAAUCCUUUUAUCACAGAACAAAUGGCUGCACGCAGAAAUAUGUUAUCGGGUUUUGUAGAACAGGCUCACAUUAGUGAAUUUCAAUUUGAAAAUCAAAGAAGAACCUUUACAAGUUACGGAUAUGCAUUAGACCCUACUGUAGACGGUACUCCUGAUGAUGGAAAUAAAAUAAUCGGUGCGUCUGAUAUUGCAAGUGAAAAUGGUUUGAAGACAGUUUUUGAAUCCACUAAACCGAGACCUUUAGACAAACGGAAAAAGCUGAAAAAUGAUAAACCUGAAGAUAUUGAAGGUUUUCUUGGACCGUGGGCAGCGUAUGAAGAUCAGAAGUUUGUUGCCAAGCCUAGUCAAGAAGAGGCUGAAGAACUGGAAGAACUUUUGGCUAAAAGACAAAAGAGGACUCGACAUGUUGAAGAGAAACCACUGGAAGAGAAAACAGUUUUGCAUAUAAAAGAUAUUGUGGACUACCAAGGUCGAACAUUUCUUCAUGCACCGCAUGACGUUGGAGUCAAUCUCAAAUCCAGUUCACCACCAGAUCGUUGUUUUCUCCCAAAAUCACACAUUCACACAUGGCAGGGACAUACAAAAGGAAUUGCUGCGAUCAAAUGGUUUCCAAGAACUGCACAUUUAUUGCUAUCUGCUAGCAUGGACUGCAGAGUUAAAAUAUGGGAGGUUUAUAAAGAAAGAAGAUGUAUACGAACAUACUAUGGACACAGGCAAGCUGUUCGAGAUAUUAGUUUUAACAAUAGUGGACACAAAUUUUUAUCAGCAGCUUAUGACAGAUACAUAAAACUCUGGGAUACUGAAACCGGGGAUUGCAUAUCACGAUUUACAAGCAGGAAGAUACCAUUUUGUGCCAAAUUUCAUCCUGAUGAAGAUAAGCAACAUUUGUUUGUAGCUGGAACAUCUGAUAAAAAGAUCAUAUGUUGGGACACAAGAUCAGGUGAAAUAGUCCAAGAGUACGACCGUCAUCUUGGAGCAGUGAACACGAUUACUUUUGUAGACGAAAACAGACGUUUCGUAACCACUUCUGAUGAUAAAAGUUUGAGAGUCUGGGAAUGGGACAUUCCUGUGGAUAUGAAGUACAUCGCUGACCCUACCAUGCACUCGAUGCCAGCUGUUACAGCAUCACCAAAUGGAAAAUGGUUGGCAUGCCAAUCCUUGGACAAUAAAGUGGUGAUCUUUAGUGCUCUUAACAGAUUUAAAAUGAAUAGGAAGAAGACGUUUUCGGGACACAUGGUGGCCGGUUAUGCUUGUGGGCUUGAUUUCUCACCAGACAUGAGCUACUUGGUUUCCGGUGAUGGAGAUGGCAAAUGCUAUAUAUGGGACUGGAAAACGACAAAGCUUUUCAAAAAGUGGAAAGCUCACGAUAGUGUUUGCAUUGGAACUCUUUGGCAUCCUCAUGAACCUAGUAAAUUGGUCACAGCAGGUUGGGACGGUUUGAUUAAAUAUUGGGAUUAA